AUGUUGCGUCGCUGCUCAAAAAACCUUCAGGCCAUAUACCGACGGCAGAGCCAAGUCAUCCGGUUUCGGUCGACAGAAAUACCCAAGAUCUAUGGAGCUGCUCACCAUGCAACUCUGAAACCUAGGGUUCUCACCCAUAGCCAGGUAGCCUCUAUUCAUUUUACCAACCCAUUAAUGGCUGAACAGGAUGUGAUGACCCCUAGUUUCCCAGAUUCCGUAUCAGAGGGUGAUGUAAAACUCGAUAAGAAAGUUGGUGAUGCGGUCGCAGCCGACGACGUAGUACUAGAAAUCGAGACAGACAAAACAGCUAUCCCUGUCAUGGCCCCAGACAAUGGAAUCAUCAAGGAAUUAUACGUAAAGGAUGGAGAAACUGUAAAAGCAGGACAAAAGUUAUUUCGUUUAGAAAUCACCAGUGGGGCACCAAAAAAGGAGGCACCAGCUGAAGCUAAAUCCGAACCAACUCCUCCACCGGCAGCUGCUCCACCUCCAGCUGCUGCCCCGCCGCCAGCUGCAGUUCCACCACCAUCUGCUGCACCACCUACUCCACCCCCACCUAAACCCCAAAUGCCUCCUUCCCAAGCCCCUAAAGCCGGAGCGCCUAUCUCAUCUAUCCCUGUCGCAGCUAUCCGUCACGCCCAAGCUAUAGAAACAGCUUCAGUCCGUGUCCCACCCAGUGACUACAGCAAAGAAAUUGUCGGCACCCGUAGCGAACAGCGCGUGAAAAUGAACAGAAUGAGACAGCGUAUCGCUGAACGUCUGAAGCAGGCACAGGACACAAACGCCCUCCUCACAACCUUCAACGAAGUAGACAUGUCCCAUAUAAUGGCCUUUAGAAAGAAGAACUUGGAAGCUUUCACUAAAAAGUUUGGUGUCAAACUUGGCUUAAUGUCUCCAUUUGUUAAGGCAGCCGCUAGUGCAUUGCAAGAUCAACCAGUAGUCAACGCUGUGAUUGAUGGUAAUGAAAUCGUCUACAGGGAUUACGUAGACAUAUCAGUUGCUGUAGCAACACCAAAAGGACUGGUUGUGCCGGUUAUUAGAAAUGUUCAAACAAUGACAUAUGCUGACAUUGAAUUGACUGUUGCUGCACUAGCUGAGAAAGCCAGGAACGGUAAGUUAACUAUUGAAGAAAUGGACGGUGGUACAUUUACUAUUAGCAACGGUGGAGUGUUUGGUUCGUUAAUGGGCACCCCAAUUGUUAACCCACCACAAUCGGGUAUCUUGGGAAUGCACGGAAUAUUCGAACGACCAAUUGCCUUGAAUGGGCAGGUUGUGAUCCGACCCAUGAUGUACAUAGCCCUAACUUAUGAUCAUAGAUUGAUUGAUGGUCGUGAAGCGGUGCUAUUCUUGAGAAAAAUCAAGCAGGGCGUAGAAGACCCAGCUAGCAUUGUUGCUGGACUUUAA